UGUUAUCCGUCCACCGUAGCGGCUGCCUCUUUUUUCCUUAUCCGACAACUUCAGCCGCGUUACCGAGGGGGGAAAGCGCCGCAGCAUCUCCGUAUCCUCCGAUUUUUUUUCUUUUCUUUUUUUUUUUUUUUUUUGACAGCGCCCUUCAAACAUCAGCCUCCAUUUAAAACCAUCCGCUUCUUGAGUUAAGAAUGAAUAAGAGUGGCACGCUAUGGGAACUACUACGUUUUUGUUUGUUGCUUUACGACCAGAGCUCAAAGUUGAAGGCGAAUGAAGCCGUGCUGGAUGUAGAUUGUCGCCGGCUGGCGUGGCAUGACGGCUCUUCCCCGCUGGAUGGACGGGCGAUCUGUUCAAUAACUUAUUCGAGAAAUCGUUUUCUGCUGUAAUAGUUGACUGAUAGCGAUGUAUAGGCAACGUGUGUUGUGGAAAUAAAUGACCUGAGGUAAAUGGCUUGCAUGGUUUAUUUGUUGCCUAGGUGGCGUUCACAUUCAGGAAGUCAUGUCCAGAUCGGGUGAUAGAACAUCCACCUUUGACCCAACACACAGUGACACCCUGCUGCAUGGGCUCAAUCUCUUGUGGCGAAAGCAGCUUUUCUGUGAUGUGACUCUGACAGCCCAGGGACAGCAGUUCCACUGCCACAAAGCUGUGUUGGCAUCUUGCUCCCAGUAUUUCAGAUCCCUCUUUUCCUCCCAUAAUGUAAUCAACAAUGAAGGAAGCAAAGGGGACCAGGGCAGCAGUGGGACCCCUUCAUCCUCUCCUGAUGACAAGCUGGUGACCACCAGCACCAGGCCCAUAAAUAACCUAGUGCUCCAGGGCUGCUCCUCCAUUGGACUACGAUUAGUGCUGGAGUACCUGUAUACUGCCAAUGUUACUCUUUCCCUGGACACAGUGGAAGAGGUGCUGUCAGUCAGCAAGAUCCUCAAUAUCCCCCAGAUUACCAAGCUUAGUGUGCAGUUCCUUAAUGACCAGAUCUCUGUGCAGAACUACAAGCAGAUCUGCAAGAUUGCUGCACUCCAUGGACUGGAUGAGACCAAGAAGCUGGCCAACAAGUACCUGGUGGAGGAUGUGCUGCUGUUGAACUUUGAGGAGAUGUGUGCCAUGCUAGAUGCUCUGCCACCCCCAGUGGAGUCAGAGCUGGCUCUCUUCCAGAUGUCAGUCCUCUGGCUGGAGCAUGACCGGGAGACUCGCAUGCACUAUGCGCCGGACCUUAUGAAGAGGCUACGCUUUGCCCUUAUACCUGCCCCAGAGUUGGUGGAGAGAGUUCAGUCUGUUGACUUCAUGAGGAGUGACCCUGUGUGCCAGAAACUACUCCUGGAUGCCAUGAACUACCACCUGAUGCCCUUCAGGCAGCACUGCAGGCAGACCAUGGCCAGCAGAAUCCGUUCCAAUAAGAGGAUGCUGUUACUGGUGGGUGGUUUGCCUCCUGGACCUGAUCGUCUCCCCAGUAAUUUGGUCCAGUACUAUGACGAUGAGAAAAAGACAUGGAAGAUCCUCACAAUAAUGCCUUACAACAGCGCACAUCACUGCGUGGUGGAGGUGGAGAACUUCCUGCUGCUGCUAGGCGGAGAGGACCAGUGGAACCCCAAUGGAAAGCACAGCACUAAUUUUGUCAGCCGCUACGAUCCCAGAUUCAACAGUUGGAUACAGUUGCCUCCAAUGCAGGAGAGGAGAGCCAGCUUCUUUGCCUGUCGCCUGGAUAAGCACCUGUACGUGAUUGGUGGCAGGAACGAGGCGGGCUACCUCUCCAGCGUGGAAUCCUACAACCUGGAGACAAAUGAGUGGAACUACGUGUCGUCUCUGCCACAGCCUCUGGCUGCCCAUGCAGGAGCGGUGCACAAUGGCAAGAUCUACAUAUCAGGAGGCGUGCACAAUGGCGAGUAUGUCUCCUGGCUUUACUGCUACGACCCUAUAAUGGAUGUGUGGGCGAGGAAACAAGAUAUGAACACAAAGCGUGCCAUUCAUGCUCUGGCUGGGAUGAAUGACCGCCUGUAUGCUAUUGGUGGAAACCAUUUGAAAGGUUUCUCCCAUCUAGAUGUAAUGUUGGUUGAGUGUUACGACCCAAAAGCUGACCAGUGGAAUAUCCUCCAGACACCCAUCCUGGAGGGUCGCAGCGGUCCAGGCUGUGCCGUUUUGGAUGACAGCAUUUAUCUUGUGGGAGGCUACAGCUGGAGCAUGGGGGCGUAUAAGUCUUCGACCAUCUGCUACAGCCCAGAGAAAGGAACAUGGACAGAGUUGGAAGGAGAGGUGGCAGAGCCUCUAGCGGGCCCAGCCUGCUCCACCGUCAUACUGCCCGCCUGCCUGCCUUUUAACAAAUGACAACUAAUCCAGCCGACGGGUGUCGAGGGUGAUGGGCAGCAGAGUGAUUGGGGGGAGGACCAUCAAUAAGCAAAACAGUUGUCAACAAUUUCAUGACAGAUUUUCCAGUCAUACACUGGGGGUGUGUAUAAAUUAUUUUUUUACAAGUUUGACCAGAGCACUUUCGUUAUUCUCUCUACUGAAGGAUCGAAGAAAAAAAAAAAAAAGAUAAUUGUGUGAGUCAUGUAUUUAAACUCAUCUGUGUUCUGAGAAAUGGUUGGUUCCAUAUUCGAUUUUUUUUAUUUAAGCGGAUAGUAAGUGUUUUUGGCUUCUCUUCUAUAGCACGCAUAGUGUUGAGCUGAAUUAUAGCUUUCAAAUCCAUUGUAUCUUGUAUUCAGUAGCGGCAUAACUCCAGCUAAAUGCAGUGUUGUUUCAAAUUACAUCGGGACAUGAAGUUACACUAGGACUGGGUGAGUAACAUGACCUGUGAUGAUCAAAAUGUAUAAAUAGUCUUCAUCCGUUAUGUUAUUGCUCAUUGUUCUAUGGCUGGGUACGCUCACUUAUUACCUGGUUAGAGAAUUAUACAACAGUUUUGUUGUCUGUCUCUGAAAAUGAACAUAUUUGCGCAAUCAAAAGGGGACAUUUUCAGAAAACCCUAACAGCUGUCACUAUUUAACUGUCACGGUAUGUGCAGAAAUGUUCAAUUAGACAUGGAAUUAGACAUGAAAGUAGAUAAACAACCAGGAAGACACUUUAAAAAAGACACAAAUAUACUCAUUGAUCUUUUUAAGCAUGUGUCCACAUGACCCAGCCAUAUUUUUUGAUCUUAAAGGGGGUCUAUUAUGUUCUUCCUUUUCCUCUAUCAUGUAUAUACUGUGAAAAUGGUGUUUUCCUUCAUUAAAUAUGGUCAAAGUCUAAAUAGUGUAUGUGCAAAUAAUCCCCACAAUCACUUUCAAACAGUUUUUCUACUUUUGGCUCUGUAUGAUGUCAUAGAAAGUGGAUUUUUUUCAAUAUGAUCAUCUCAGGCAUGCAUUUGAGCACCGAAGCCCCACCCACAAACCUUCUGCUUAUGAGGAACAGCCAAUCAAAAGGAAGUAUGCUUAAAGAGCGUGGGAACUGGAAUUAAAACAGCAGAAGAUUAAGUGAGGGGCAUCAUCAAGACCCAGUAUAAGUUAAAUAAGGUUUUUUUUUUAAACUAUAAAUCACACAAAGCUGUGCAGGACUCAAAAUUUGACGCUGGAAAUGAACAUAACAGAUCCCCUUUAAUGAUUUAACUUGUUGAACGACGCAAAACUCUAACCAAUGUCAUGCUGCAGGCAAGACAAUUUAAGGAUCAUUAUUGAUUCCUAAUAUUCACAUGAAUAACUUAUAAUUAACUAAUGUUAAUUAAACAAUGAUGGUACAAUCAAAUUGUAACUAUUAGCCAACGUGUUUCUGGGUAGCACAUUGGGCUAAACUGAUGCAGAGGACACUUGUGUAGCUUGUUCUCCUGUACAGCUUAAUUUUAACAGGCCUGUUUGUGAGGCCACAUAGCAUUACCUUGAUGAGAUUUUAAUCUUUAAUGUAUAAAAGACUAAAUUAAACAAACAUACAGUGGGCUUUAAUGCACUAAUAGUGAACUUUUAUUUCAGCAAAGUUCACUAAAAUGUAAAAUGUAAAUUACUGAAUGUGCUGUGUUUAAAAAAGUAUCUUCAGUACAAAUGAAGUCCAGUCUUGUCUACGUUAUGAGGUUCAAAAACCUGACUCUAAUUAUUGAUGCAGUACCUGUUGAAUUCUUUAAAGAAAAAAUGAAAAAAGAAAAGAAACGUUGAUUUCAUUCUUGUAAAUAAUCGCCUGCAGUGAAACAUUUUUGUGCACUCAACCUUGGAUUUAUUCUCAAAUCCUGUUAUGUCCUUUGCAUUUUAGAAUAUGAAAAUAAAAUGACUCUUGAUGAUUAAAA